AUGUCGAACGGCCUCAGAUCGCCUGUGUAUCGCCCUGCUUCUAACGGUCAGAUCGAGCGAUACGUGCAGACAAUGGAGAAUUCACUGAAGAAACUCGAAAGGUUCGCUGACGAAGAAGUUGUCAUGGUCCGAGACUACAGGAGUCCCAAACAACGAUGGGUUGUAGGAAAGGUCGUUCGCGCAUGUGGACUACAGUUGCGAAUCGUUCGAAUCAACGGUAUGUUCUGGAAAAGACACGUCGAUCAGCUGCGAAGAUGCAAGCUUGACUACGAGGAGGCUACAGAGAGCGAAACCCCGGUGAUACUUUUUCCCGGACCUUCCCGUCAAGCUCAUAACACCGCUCCCGAGAUCAGCAGCACUAUCCAAGGGGGAAACGAGUCCGAGGUCGACCACUCGGAUGACGAUCUCUUCGACGCCAAUGUAGCUGAGGAGACCAUCAAGCCUCCAAGUGUCAACGUUCAAGUCGGGGAGGCAACCGCGGUUGAACCGCGCCGAUCCGCGAGAACGACGCGACGAAAGGAGAGGCACCAUCGCGGCUUGGACAUUGAAUACCAUAUUGUGAUAAUCCUGUAA